AUAGAUUUGAAUGUUCUAUGUUGAAAAAAAAAAUGAAAAUCUUUUUACGAAAUUAAAACAUAUCUUUGGUUUUGUUUACGUGAAAAUUUUUAUCUUUUGGACUGUCCAAAUUCAGUUACGAGUUCCGUUAAUCCUUCUAUUAUGUAAAUAUUUUUGUGUAAGGUUUCGCUGAGUGUACAAUCUAGAACGACGGAUGGGUAGUUCAAGUAAGUACCCUGCUUACUACGAACAACAGCUAACAGAUGUAGAGGAUCGGUGCGACACGAUGACACAGAAACUGAAUAGCAUGAAAACCAUUAACGCUGCGAAUGAUAGUCCAUCUUGUCACCCUGACGGUGACAGACAGUUUGUGAGUGCUACAGACAGUGGCUUGAAUCAUGGUAACACAUCUCCCGACAGUGGAACGGCUGUGAACAAGGGUAAUAACAAACGCAUCUCCAGCACAUUGCAAGCGAAAGUCACGGUAACAAAGAUGAUACGAUAUGAUCGCGCCAGAGAGACUCCGAAUGUUGAUUCUGCACAAAAUGAAUAUGAACAAGUUUAUACACUGCCAAAUUCCUACAAGAAUGAACCUAUGCACGUAUGUAACACGAAUUAUCACGAGGCAACAAGUGACGAAUUAAUAAAUGAAAGCAAAACUGAACAGGAAAGCAAGAAGGGCAAUAGACUGACUCGUAAGAAAAUCAACAUUAAUGCAUCAGGCACGUCAAAAAAAUCCCAUGGUGGCAGUGGCAGCUAUGAUAAAAAGCAAAAACAUCAAAACUCUCCAAAAAAAUCACUUACUAUGGUACAGAGGACUGCCAGCUUUAUCGUACACAAGAAAGGGAAGCAGGGUCUUACCCAAAAGUCGUCUGUUAAAAAGAACAGGUCUAAAAAUCACCAAGUUUCUCCUAGGCAUUGCAUGAAAGACGAUACAUCACAUAAGAAAGGUGCUGGAAGAUAUCACAAAUUGGAUACUUUGAUGCAAAACAGUUUGAAAAAUAGAGAGAAUGGCAAAUUUGAAAACAAUGUUCCUACUACAGCACUAUCCCACACAAGCAAAAAGUCUGGGAAUAAAUCCACGGAAAACACAAAGAGCUCUGAUGAUGCCAGCAAAAGACGAAUCAGUUCAAAUAGCAUUUCUCAUAAAUCGAAAGGUUCGCAGCGCAGCGAUCCGAAAGUAGCGCAAACUAAACCUACAAUGAACUUGAAAGCUCGAAAAAUUGAUAAUCCCAAAGCUGCAGGUGAUGCUCCCGUUAGCAAUCGACCUCAUACAACGCCAUUUGUUAGAAGAAACUUUCCGAGACGACUCGAACAACCCGUCUACCAGAAUAUACCAUUUGUGCCAGCAAAGUCUACGACUCCUAGUCACAACUUGAAACUGAAUGUACAGACUGCACUGUCCCUAAUCAAGUUAAAGGGGAAUACUUACAGGUCCGUUAAUUGCGCGCUGCCUAUCCAACAUGGGAAUGGAAAAGGAGAUUCUGUAGGAUUACGAAGGCAAACUGUAAACUACAAGUCCAUCCUCUCACACGUUCUAAAUUGUGACGAGAAUGCACCAGAAGGCCCUGCUUUCGGAAUCAGUUCGUCACCCGAGUGUGGAGACCAGCCCAAGGGAUCUGACAAUUUACCCACCCGACAAAAUGUCUUGGCCAAGCCGCCCGUAAUCGGAAAGUCUGAUCUAUAUAGUGUGCUGAAAAAACUCUAUGGUGAUUUCAAAGACAUGGACAAAAGAAUGGAACAGCUGAAAGAAGCGGCUGAUUCUUCUGAAAGCAAUGCCGAGUUAGAAGACUUGGAAAAACAACUUCAGGCUAAAGAGGUCGAAAUAAAUGUUGUGGUGCAGUUAUAUGAGGAUGCAACAUUGUUACGGCAUCAGUUGCAGGCUGUGAGUUCUCCCUUCGCGAUGCCUGCGAGAUGCAGCCACUACCAGCCGUUCCCCAGGAUCUUCGGGACGACGAACAGCGUCAGACUCACCAAGGUGCUGAGGGCAGUGCAGCGGUUCCAAGACCACCUAAAAGGAACAGGCUUGGUCGCCUGAUGCGUCCUCCCGCCCAACACAGUUCCAUUCGCUUGCAACUAAUUUCCAAAAACCAAGAACUCAGCGCAUUCCAACAUUUCUGUGUAACCGAUGUCUUAUUCGUUUUACGUUGAAAUUACACGGUUUACGAACA